GAACCUGAUCUGGAGCAGGUAAUGUUCAGAGAGCGAGUUACUAUUUUUAUACUUUUACAUACCUGAAAGUAACCUCCGAUUUUGGAACCGAAAGCUGAUGUUAUCCGCUCUGUUAUCCUCAAAAAUACCCGGACAUACACGGAUCGUAGCUCACGGACACAAACAUCAUUAUUUAUUAUUCGAGUUUAAACAAGAAGAACAGUUUUUUGGGGGUUACCAUGUCACCGACAAAGUACGAGAAAAAGCCAGAGCCCGGAGACCUCAUCGAAAUCUUCAGAGGUUUAUACCAGCACUGGGCUAUUUAUGUUGGUGAAGGUUAUGUGAUUCACCUGGCACAACUCUCUGAAGAUGCUCAACCUGGACCCUACAGUAUGAUGUCAGUAUUAUGUGAAAAAGCCACAGUGAAGAAAGAGGAACUUUAUGAAGUAGUUGGGAAUGAUGAAUACUGUAUCAACAAUCUUCUGGAUGAAAAAUAUGAGCCACGUCCUGUUCGAGAGAUUCUACGGGAUGCACACAGAUUUUUAGGAAAAGAACUUUCAUAUUGUGUCUUUACAGAGAACUGUGAGCACUUUGUUACGGAGUUGAGAUACGGAAAACCACAGUCCUGCCAGGUGCAGAAAGCGGUGGAGAUUGGUGUUGGUGUUGGUCUUGCUGCAGCAGCUACUUUUGGAGUUCUUGCUGCUGCUGCGGCCAUAUUUGGUUCAGAAGACAAACGGAAACAGUAAAGACUGGGAAAUGAAGAAGUGAAAGCACAAUUGCCUUUGAUAUUUAAAGUCUGUAAAUUGUUUACUGCAUUUAAUGGAAAUCAUUUUAACAUUUAAUGUUUGGAUUAGGCAGGCUUAGUUUUAUGAGCACAAAUGGAAAUAUUCAUAAACAGAACAUAAGAGAUUGUCAGCACUCAAACAGAAUCUCAUCUGUUCUGUUAGGUAGACAGCUCUGUUCGGUUUGAUACAGUAGUGCAUUUUGCUAUUGAUAAAUCUUUGCCUGAAGGGGUUUUAAAAAUUCUCUUUUCUCUUUCUACUGGUUUUCUAAUAACAUUUCAAGUAUUUUAAUAACCAUAUAAUCAAUAAUAGCAAGCUGAAUAUUUAACCAAAGAAUCCUAAAAUAAACUGCCAUGUUUCUAUUUUUGUGCCAUUAAAUAUUUGUCAUCAUA